CCAGUGGUCACACAAAACUGACUGACUGUCUAGAUAUUUGUCACAUCAUCUUGACUAGCAGACGGACUUAGACCCAGGCAGCGUGGGCUCACUGUAACACAGCCUCACCGGCAAAUAGGUUGUGUGCGCAUGCGCAAGCUACUGUCCUAGUUUAUCAACAUCGCUGCAGUUGUUAUUCCCCACAAGAUUUCCGGCUAGCAGCUAGGGACGGUGUUUCUUUUGUGGGAGCUCCUGUUUUAUUUUUCUCUCUUGUAAUGACGACCAACAGGAUGUUGUUUGAUGACGUCAUCAAGCACGUGGGCGAGUUCGGCCUGUACCAGAAAAGGGUUUACUUCCUGCUCUGUUUGGUAACCAUCUCUCAUGGUAUGGCCAUGGUGGUGCUGGUGUACCUCAUGUACACACCUCGACACAGAUGCGCUAUCCCGGGGUAUCCCAACGACACCUAUCACGUGACGUCACCCGAGCACGAGCAGGCCCGCAACCAAUGGAUACCACCAGACGACUCAUGUUCUGUGUAUAGCACCAUCAGCAGCACCACCAACAGCACCAUCACCAUCACCAUCAACACGACCACUAUUGGAAUGAACGCUACCACAGUAAAGUGUGACAGCUGGGUAUUUGACCAGUCCGUGUUUUACAACACAGCCGUCAGUCAGUUUAACCUGGUCUGUGACAGCGAACACCAGGCGUCUCACGCUGUGAUGAUCUUCUACGGCGGUUUUCUGAUUGGCACUCUGGUCAUGGGGGCUGUCUCAGACAUCAUCGGCCGGAAGUUGAGUAUGUUUGUGGCCAUCGCCUUGGCAACCAUCACCGGAACUGGGCUGGCGUUUGUCAACAACUUCGUUGGGUUUCUCAUCCUCAACUUUUUUGUCGGCUCAACGGUAGCUGGUAUCCUGCCGUCGGCAAUUUUGAUAGGUGUGGAGCUGGUUGGACCCUCCAAACGGACCAUCACCGCCAUCUUGACCAGCAUGUGUGUCGCGUGCGGCGUGCUUUCAGUGGCUGGCCUGGGUUUUCUCACCAGAAGCUGGACACACCUCUUGUUGGCGGUCACCCUGCCCAAACUGGCAUGUUUUCUCAUGUGGUGGUUUGUUCCCGAGUCGCCGAGGUGGCAGAUCCAGAAAGGGCAGUACGCCAAAGCUCGCCACACGCUGGCGCACGCCGCCAGGGUUAACGGCAACAAGGUGCCCGAGUCUGUGCUGGACGAGGUUAUGCCCCUUGAGCACCGCCACGACAAGCUCCUGGUGAACGUUGUCAAGGGCAACAGCUCCUACACGAAGACGUCAAAAGACGAGAAAGUUCAAUCUCGGUUUCUGGACGUUUUUAAAAGUCCGGCUUUGCUUUUAAGGGUCUUUUUCAUCUUUUUCAACUGGUUUGUCAGCGGGCUGGCCUACUUUGGACUGAACUACAACAUCGGCAACUUGGGGGCAGGCAGCAUCUUUCUCAACUUUUUCCUGUCCGGCCUGGUCGAGUUUCCUGGUUACCUCUUCACUGUGCUGGCAGCCGACAGGAUAGGCCGCAAGAUGUGCCACUUUCUCCUGAUGUUUGUCUGUGGAGUUGCCUGCCUGUGUUCUGUCCUCUCCAUUGUGUUCGCCCCUGCAGACCUUCAGUGGAUCACGGUUAUGUUCGCCAUGAUUGGCAAGCUUGGGGCGGCUGGGGUUAUGGGGACUGUGUACAUGUACUCUAUUGAAGUCUUCCCCACCUCGCUUAGGAACUCCGCCAUUGGAGUCUGUUCAUGCUGGGCCAGGGUUGGCUCCAUGCUGGCUCCUUACAUGGCGGCUCAGGGGGCCAGAACUGUGGGAGUUCUGGGGAGUAGCGUCCCCUUGUUGGUCUGUGGUUGUCUGGCUCUCGCUGCCUCGUUCAUGUUCUUUGUUUUACCUGAGACCAUGAACCAGAAACUGCCGGAAACUAUCGGAGACAUGAUGGAACUGAUCAGGAAACCAAAAUGUGCCCAUAAGGAUAAUCUGAUGAAAGUUGAAAUCGAUGUGGCAUCACCAGCACUGCUGGACAAUGUAUCGUGAUGUUGUCUGAAGAUGCUGAAGUUGGUUGUGUCUGAAGAUGCUGAAGUUGGUGAUGUCUGAAGAUGCUGAAGUUGGUGAUGUCUGAAGAUUCUGAAGUUGGUGAUGUCUGAAGAUGCUGAAGUUUGUGAUGUCUGAAGAUGCUGAAGUUGGUGAUGUCUGAAGAUUCUGAAGUUGGUGAUGUCUGAAGAUGCUGAAGUUGGUGAUGUCUGAAGAUGCUGAAGUUGGUGAUGUCUGAAGAUGCUGAAGUUGGUGAUGUCUGAAGAUGCUGAAGUUGGUGAUGUCUGAAGAUGCUGAAGUUGGUUGUGUCUGAAGAUGUUGAAGUUGUUGAUGUCUGAAGAUGCUGAAGUUGGUGAUGUCUGAAGAUGUUGAAGUUGGUUGUGUCUGAAGAUGCUGAAGUUGGUUGUGUCUGAAGAUGCUGAAGUUGGUGAUGUCUGAAGAUGUUGAAGUUGGUGAUGUCUGAAGAUGCUGAAGUUGGUUGUGUCUGAAGAUGCUGAAGCUGGUUGUGUCUGAACAUGCUGAAGUUGGUUGUGUCUGAAGAUGCUGAAGUUGGUUGUGUCUGAAGAUGCUGAAGUUGGUUGUGUCUGAAGAUGCUGAAGUUGGUUGUGUCUGAAGAUGCUGACGUUGGUGAUGACUGAAGAUGCUGAAGUUGGUUGUGUCUGAAGAUGCUGAAGUUGGUUGUGUCUGAAGAUGUUGAAGUUGGUUGUGUCUGAAGAUGCUGAAGUUGGUGAUGUCUGAAGAUGCUGAAGUUGGUGAUGUCUGAAGAUGUUGAAGUUGGUUGUGUCUGAAGAUGUUGAAGUUGGUGAUGUCUGAAGAUUCUGAAGUUGGUUGUGUCUGAAGUUGCUGAAGUUGGUUGUGUCUGAAGAUGCUGAAGUUGGUUGUGUCUGAAGAUCGUGAAGUUUAUGUUGUCUAAAGAUGUGAAGGUCGGUGUAUUCUGAAGAUCUUAAAGUAGGUGUUUUCUAGAGAUGUUAUUCCCGCUAAUUGCAUUUCAUCUAUUUUAUGUACAUUGUAUGAGUAUUAUUUUUAUUCCACAUUUUUAAAUUCUCAUGUUUACAUUGCGUUUUUAAUUUUUUUAUAUCAGGGUAAUAUAAUACCUUUGAAUUGUUUGAUGGAUAUGUUUAUGUAUUUAACAGUUUACGUUUUAUGUUUUGUUAUUUGAUCGUUAAUUACUAACAUGUGUAUUUGAUAAAAUACUUUUGAUUAUCUCAAAACGUUAAGAUUAUACAGUUAUAACAAAUCCUUGUAAAAAUCCUUGUGA